UGCCGGAAUUCAGCGAAGCGCGUACUGUAUUUGUCCCGCCUCCUGGUUGAGCCUCAGCAAAAUAAAGUGGGGUCAACUAAACGUUACAUUAACAGUUAUAUUACUGUUCUUUAUCUUCAAAAGCGCAUUGAAAGUGAAGACUCCGGUAGUUAUCGGCUAAACUUAAAAAAACAGGGCCAUUUUGAUAAUGCUCCAGAGGCUCGCUGUGUCCCUGCGGCGGCCCCAUGCCGCUCCUCUCGCGGCCGCGGUAAGGUUCGUCUCCUCGGGCUCAGUGGACGCCAACGUCCAGCUAAACUUCUGGGCUGGGAAGAGAAGGACGAGCCAAGAGAAAUGCAAGAAGGAAAUUGUUUAUGAACCUGCAACAGGUCAAGUCUUGUGCCAUUUGGAGCCGUGUGGUGCUUUGGAUGUCGAUCAGGCUGUGAAGGCCGCAAAGUCGGCCUUUGGCCAUUGGAGCAAGAUGUCUGGGAUGGAGAGGGCAAGGAUCAUGAUAGAAGCUGCCCAUAUCAUUGAGAGCAGGAGAGAGGAGAUAGCUGAAAUGGAGGUGGUCAACAAUGGGAAGUCGAUCACAGAGGCCCGUCUGGAUGUGGACUCUGGCAGACUGUGUAUAGAGUACUAUGCAGGACUGGCCAGCACUCUGGCAGGCCAGCAUGUGCAGCUGCCUGGAGGAUCCUUUGCCUACACCCGCAGGGAGCCUUUGGGAGUCUGUGUUGGAAUUGGUGCUUGGAAUUAUCCUUUUCAGAUUGCUGCCUGGAAAUCAGCUCCAGCCCUGGCCUGUGGCAACUCCAUGGUGUUCAAGCCGUCACCAGUGACACCUGUGACGGCAGUCAUGCUGGCAGAGAUCUAUGCUAAGGCUGGAGCUCCAGAGGGGCUGUUCAACGUGGUGCAGGGCAGCCAGCACACCGGGAGCUUACUCUGCCACCACCCCGAUGUGGCUAAGGUUUCCUUCACUGGGAGUGUGUCCACAGGAAAGAAGAUAAUGGAGAUGGCAUCCAGAGGGGUGAAACCCGUGACUCUGGAGCUUGGGGGGAAAUCUCCUCUGCUCAUCUUCCAGGACAGUGAUCUGGAGAACGCUGUGAGGGGAGCUCUCAUGGCCAAUUUCCUUUCUCAGGGACAGGUCUGCAGCAACGGCACAAGGGUCUUUGUUCAGAAGGAUAUUCUGCCUGAGUUCGUGGAGGAGGUGGUGAAGAGGACCCAGGCGAUAGAGAUAGGGGACCCGCUGUUAGAGAGCACCCGAAUGGGAGCACUGGUCAGCAAGCCACAUCUAGAAAAAGUCCUGUCCUUUGUGGAUCAGGCAAAGAAAGAGGGAGCCACAGUGUUGUGUGGAGGUGAACUUUUUACCCCAUCAGACCCCAAACUCAAAGGUGGAUACUACAUGACUCCAUGUGUGUUGGGUGACUGCACAGAUGACAUGACCUGUGUUAAGGAGGAGAUCUUUGGUCCCGUCAUGUCUGUUUUGUCCUUUGAAACAGAAGAGGAAGUGCUGUAUAGAGCCAACAACACCACCAUGGGUCUGGCUGCAGGAGUUUUCACCAGGGAUGUGAGGCGAGCCCACCGCGUGGUUGAAAACCUCAAGGCUGGUUCCUGUUUCAUUAACAACUACAACAUCACUCCCGUCGAGGUGCCCUUCGGAGGCUUCAAAAUGUCAGGCAUAGGGCGGGAGAAUGGCCAGGUGACCAUCGAACACUACUCCCAGCUAAAGACGGUGUUUGUGGAGAUGGGCGAUGUGGACAGUCUCUUCUAGGGAGGAUGGCGCUGUAACACUGAGCCAGAGACUGAAACAGAUGGUCCGGACCAGGACGUCUCUUCCAUCACGCAGGGGAAAAACCAACAAACUUUAGUAUUUGAAAGUGAUGAAGAAACAAGCCUCGAUCAACGGGGCUCAAGUUCACUUCAUGUGAGCCAUGUUUUUCAAUGUUGUGAAGGAAAAUGUAAAACAAUUCAAGGCAAUGUGAGACAAAUGUCUGUGGGUACGAAGCAGAAUAGUGGCAAUGUAACAUUAGAAUCAAAAACAAACAUUAUUGUCUUUGCCAAAUGGAUCUGCUCUAAGUAUUUACUGAACGUUGAUUCUUUUCAGCCACUUCAGCAUAGAUGAGUUGUAUAUUGUGAUUCAUGAGUUGCAAUGCAGCAGUCUUGCAUUGCUGAAUAUUUUUGCCACAUACAGUGAGGUCCAAAAGUCUGAGGGGAACGUGGUGCCCACUGUAUGUGACAAAAUAUUCAUCCAUUGAAUGUAGAGAAUAAAAUUUAAAAUGUAUGUUACAUUUCUGUUAACAAAACAAAACAAAGUUUACAAUCAUGUUUUAUUUCUUAAAGAAAACGUAACAAUAUAUUUUUAUACACAUGCAAUACUAAAAAAAUGAAGCACUUUUGAAGUUGUGAACGCUGUGUUGUUGUGUUGUUUAAAUUAGAACUGACAGCAACAUUUUGCCUUUGUGGGAAUUAUCGACGGAACCUGUCUAACUCAUUUGGUAAUCACAUAAAUUGUGACAUAAACACUGUAAAUAUUACAAUAAAAUUAUGAAAUUUUU